CGCGCCCCCGCGGCUGUACGGAACAUGACUUCCGCGCGCUCCCGCCCCCUUCACGGCUGCCAGCGUGAUUGAAGUGGACGCUAUCUGCGGUUGGUUCCAUGUAACAAUUGAUCGUGACUUUCGUCCGAUUUCUGGGUUCAAGCGAUCACCGGAGGCGGGUAGACACUUUAGAGUAUGAUUUGGGUUCCGCUGUCGCUGCUAGCGGCUAGUAAGCUCUAGCUAGCUACCAGCGGAGGAGCGGGAGGUCGCCGGCUGCUCUGCUGUGAGCGGCUCCAAGCCCGGCCGGAGAGUCUGCGAGGAGCCGGGAGAAGCAGCGAGCUGGAGCUUCGACCCGCACCGGGUGACUGACAGAUACUUGAACAUGGAAACCGAGUUCCAGCACAUCGAUGACAACGGACUGUGGAGCUCCGUGUAUCAGGUCACCGCACUCUGCGUUUCCCCUCACGCCGACACACACGCUCAUGAAAGUUUGCCUGUGUUGCAGGAGAUUCGUCAGCAGUCAUGUGACCUGCCUUGCAAAGUCGCCAGGCUACCCGAAAACAAGAGUCGCAAUCGCUAUCGAGACGUCAGUCCCUUCGAUCACAGCAGAAUCCGUCUGCAACAGAGUGACAACGACUACAUCAACGCCAGUCUGAUCAGUGUGGAGGAGGCGGAGAGGAGAUACAUUCUCACUCAGGGUCCUCUCCCCAACACGUGCGGCCACUUCUGGCAGAUGGUCUGGGAACAGCAGAGUGUCGGUGUGGUGAUGCUGAACAGAGUCAUUGAGAAGGGAUCUGUCAAGUGUGCUCAGUACUGGCCGCGGUCGCUGCAAGAGGAUUUGCUUUUCGAUGAUGUAAAUUUCAAGGUGUGUCUGGUGUCGGAGGAGGGUGACGCCGACUUCAGUGUGCGACUGCUGGAGCUACACAACCUCACCACGGGAACGUUUCGGGAGAUUUUACACUUCCAUUACUUGACCUGGCCAGACUUUGGGGUUCCUGACUCUCCGACCUCCUUCCUGAACUUCCUGUUCAAGGUCAGGGAGUCAGGGUGUCUGGAGAAGCGUCACGGCCCUGUUGUGGUCCACUGCAGCGCCGGGAUCGGACGAUCUGGAACGUUCUGUCUGGUGGACACCUGCCUGCUGCUGAUGUCGCUCAGAGAAGAGCCGUCGUCAGUGAAAAUCCUGGAGGUGCUGGUGCAGAUGCGUCGGUGCAGGAUGGGUUUGAUCCAGACAGCGGAUCAGCUUCGCUUUUCUUACCUGUCCAUCAUCCAGGGGGCGGAGCUUAUUGUGGGCCAGUCUAUGCAGGAGUGUGUGAUGCAGCACCGCCCUCCAGAGUUGGCUCCGCCGCCGCCCCUCCCUCCACCACGACUUCCUCACAAUGGCACUCUGGAGUCGCUGGCUCAUCCUGAAGACAGCGAGGCGACCGCACCGACUGAGCUGGCGAGACCCACACAGCAGCCAGAUCUACGAAGGCGUCCCGCGGCAGCUCCUGUCGACGCACAUAGUAGAAACUCCCAGCAGAACCCUGCAGAACCAGACUCCGGGCAGGAGCAGCCUCGGGGCUCGUGGCCCCCUCCACUCACCAACGUGUGUGUGUGCGCCGCUCUGCUGGUCAGUGCGUACGUCUGCUACAGAACCCUCCUGCACUAGAUCCAGACCGUCCCGGAGUGAAAGAGGGAGAAAAAGUUGUAUAUUUUUAUUUUUUAAUGAAAUAAAAUGUUUGACGUGGCAUUAA